UGUUUUAAAAAAUGAUUCGGAGGAUUGUGUUCUCAUCUUUUAAGUACUGAGGAGUAUAUUGUUGGACAAUUUCUUACCUCCAUUAUUGGCAGAGAGAAGAAACAGAGGAAUAAAAAGAACAAAAUCAAAAUAAACAGAGAAGAUGGAUUUGGUUCAGAUGCAGAAGAGUUUGCAAGAUUACACCAAAUCACUCUUCUUGGAAGGGAUUUUGGACAGCCAGUUCUUGCAGCUGCAGCAACUACAAGAUGAAAGCAAUCCAGAUUUUGUUUCACAAGUUGUCACACUCUUUUUCCAAGACUCUGACAGGAUUCUCAAUGAUCUCUCACUGUCCCUAGGUCAGCAAGUUGUAGACUUCAAAAAAGUUGAUCCCCAUGUUCAUCAACUCAAAGGUAGCAGCUCCAGUAUAGGAGCACAGAGAGUUAAGAAUGCUUGCGUUGUCUUCCGCAACUUCUGCGAGCAACAAAACGUUGAAGCAUGUCAUAGAUGUUUACAACAAGUGAAGCAAGAGUACUAUCUUGUGAAGAACAGAUUAGAGACACUGUUCAAGCUGGAGCAACAGAUUGUAGCCUCUGGUGGAAUGAUCCCGGCCGUCGAACUCGGAUUUUGAGUGAAUUUUAUAAUAAAAAUCACUAUCCGUUGUUGUUUAAAUGCGGAGCGCUAGCCUCUUCUUAUCUUUUUGUUACUAUCCGGAAAAGGUUCUUAUGUGAACUUCUUCUUUGUAUCAUUGGAUGAGUGAGACUGUGAGACACGCAAAAAAGUUUCUAAGUCCACACCUCAAACCCACUUACGUAUAAUAAAAUUUCAAGCAGGUCAUGGCUACAUUUAUAUUA